AACAAUAGUGAGGAGGGAGGAGGCGAAAAGGAGGAAAUAAAGAGAUAAGAAGAGAAGGAGAGAGAGAGAGAGAGAACCGAUCGGGUGAGAGAAAUCCGGCCUCUGCCAAUCGGCGCUGGGAUUCCGUUCCGGCAGCGGUGCAACCAGGAGGAGGAGGGCAGGCGCGAAAAGAAAAACCCCUGGUUACGCGUUUUCUUUGCUCCGACGAGGCUAGGCGGCGAUUCUGCGAGGUCAGACCACCCCGCUAGAUUCUUUUAUUUCAGGCGUCGUUCCCAGCCAUUUGUGGUUCCUGAAACGCCGGUGAUUGACGGGACGCGAGAUUUUGAUCCAUAUAAUUCAUCAAGAUGCCGGCUACAGCAGGAAGAGUUCGAAUGCCCGCGAACAAUAGGGUGCAUAGUAGUGCAGCCUUGCAGACACACGGUAUAUGGCAGAGUGCAAUUGGAUACGAUCCAUAUGCACCAAACAAAGAUGACUCCAAGAACCUGGCACAACAGAAGGCGUCUAACUCUGAACCUGAUGCUGAGAAUACGUAUGCCAGCUUUCAGGGUCUUCUGGCUCUUGCCCGUAUUACUGGAUCAAAUGCUGAUGAGGCUCGUGGGGCUUGUAAGAAGUGUGGUCGUGUUGGUCACCUUACAUAUCAAUGCAGGAAUUUUCUAAGUGUUAAGGAUGAUAUUAAGGGAAAAGACCCUGAAGCAAUUGAAGCUGCGGUUUUGUCUGGGUUGGAUAAGAUUAAGGGGAGUGUUGGUAAACGUAAUGGGAAGAAGGCUGCUGAGAGUGAGGAGAGCAGUGAAGAAGAGGAUGAGGAGAGUGAGAGUUCGGAUUCUGAUGCUGAUUCAGAGCUUGAGAGGAUUAUUGCUGAGAGAUAUGGGAAGAAGAGUAGUAGUAAGGGGAAGUCAUCGAGAAAGGAGGAUUCGGAUGAAGAUGUAUCUGAUUCAGACUCCGGGGAGAAGAAAAAGAGAGGGAGGUCAAAGAAAAGGAGAAGUGGGAAGAGAGAACGUGGUGAUUCUAAGGAUGAGGACAACGAUGGAGGUAGGAGGAAGGGGAGGAAGGAGAAGAGAAGGAGGAGGGAUGAAUCCUCAGAUGAGGAUGAUCAGCGAAGGCGUCAUAGGAGAAAGAGUCGAAAGGAGAAAAGGAGAAGGAGAAGUCAUCGUCAUUCAGAUGACUCUGAUUCAGAUGUGUCUGAAGACGCCGGAAGAAGACAUAAGCGAAAGAGCAGGAAGGCUGAAUCAUAUUCUGAUGCUAGUGACUCUGAUGACUCCAGAGUUGGAAGGGGCGCUAAGCGGUCGGAUAAGAGGAGUCGGAAACGCCAUCAUGACGAUGAUGAGUAGAACAUUUCAACGUAAGGUAUGCAGAGGCACGGCUGAAGUUAUCUUUCAGAAUUUGGGUUCCCAUCCUAGUAGACGGAUUCGUGUUUUGUGCCAGCAUGAUAGUGGGACUGAAGUAAUAUAAGGUGUUAAUUUAGUCCAAGACUCAAAUGAAUUAUACUUUCUUUGGAAAAAAUGAUUUCCUUACUUCAAAAUGAAACCGAAUUUAAGAAUUUGUGAGUGUCUUGAACCAAUGUAUGUGUUUGUCAUCGGGUUGUGGAUGCUCAAACCAUUUCAAUCCGACUCAGCAGCUUUAAUUUCUUGAGCUUUGUCCGAUUGCAGUGGAGAUGAUAUUAUUAUAUGUACUUUCGAAAAUAUGUUAAUGCUAUUUGGUUGUUGUAUUGUCUCCUUUUGGAGGUA